CCAUCUCUCUGCUUCUUCUGCUUUUUCUUCUCUUUCUGUCUCUUCUCCUUCAUCCCCCAGACAGACAGACAGACAGAAAGACAGACAGGUCUAACUCUUGGCCUUCUUCAUCACCACCAUCACCAUCGUCAUCCUCAGAGGAAGACGGACAGGGAGCCCCCUGACCCUCACCCCGCCGGGUCACAAUGGCAACGGUCAUCUGCACUCGUUUCACCGAAGAGUAUCAGCUGUAUGAGGAGCUGGGCAAGGGAGCAUUUUCAGUGGUGCGACGCUGUGUGAAGGUGCUGUCGGGCCAGGAGUAUGCCGCCAAGAUCAUCAACACCAAGAAACUGUCUGCAAGAGAUCAUCAGAAGUUGGAUCGUGAAGCUCGAAUCUGUCGUUUACUGAAGCACCCCAACAUCGUUCGGCUACAUGAUAGCAUUUCGGAGGAGGCGCACCAUUACCUCAUCUUUGACCUGGUAACAGGUGGAGAGUUAUUUGAAGAUAUUGUAGCCAGAGAAUAUUACAGUGAAGCCGACGCCAGUCACUGUAUCCAGCAGAUUUUGGAGGCGGUGCUACACUGUCACCAGAUGGGUGUAGUCCAUCGAGACUUGAAGCCAGAGAACCUGCUGCUGGCCUCAAAGUCGAAAGGAGCAGCGGUGAAGCUGGCUGACUUUGGCCUUGCCAUCGAGGUGGAGGGAGACCAGCAGGCAUGGUUUGGCUUUGCAGGGACCCCUGGUUAUCUCUCUCCAGAGGUUUUGAGGAAGGAUCCAUAUGGCAAAGCAGUAGACCUCUGGGCCUGUGGUCAGAUUUCCCUCUGCUUUACUAUCUUCUCUGCCUGUGCUUGUUUCAUUUCCUUGUUUCCUGGUUUCCUCCCCAUUUACAGGUGCCUUUCUCUCUCUCUGUCUGUCUCAGGUGUGAUUCUCUACAUCUUAUUGGUUGGUUAUCCCCCAUUCUGGGAUGAAGAUCAACAUCGUCUCUACCAGCAAAUCAAAGCUGGAGCUUAUGAUUUUCCCUCUCCUGAGUGGGACACAGUGACUCCUGAAGCCAAAGAUCUCAUUAACAAGAUGUUGACCAUCAAUCCGUCCAAACGGAUCACAGCAGCUGAGGCGCUCAAACACCCCUGGAUCUCUCAUCGCUCAACGGUGGCAUCCUGUAUGCACAGACAGGAGACAGUCGAGUGUCUCAAGAAGUUCAACGCCAGGAGGAAACUCAAGGGAGCCAUCCUGACCACCAUGUUGGCUACCAGAAAUUUCUCCGGAGGAAAAAGUGGAAGCAACAAGAAGACCGACGGAGUCAAGGAAUCAUCUGAGAGCACAAACACCACUAUAGAGGAUGAAGACACCAGAGUGAGGAAACAGGACAUCAUUAAAGUCACUGAACAACUUAUCGAGGCAAUCAGCAAUGGAGACUUUGAGAGCUACACUAAAAUGUGUGACCCAGCUGUGACGGCGUUCGAGCCCGAGGCGCUGGGGAAUCUGGUUGAAGGCUUAGACUUCCACCGCUUUUAUUUUGAAAACUUGUGGUCUAAGAACAGUAAACCGGUCCACACUACCAUCUUGAACCCUCAUAUCCACCUGGUCGGGGACGAGGCCGCCUGCAUCGCCUACAUCAGAGUGACGCAGUACAUCGACGCCAAUGGGACGCCUCGCACUGCCCAAUCAGAGGAGACUAGGGUGUGGCACCGUCGCGAUGGGAAGUGGCAGAUCGUCCAUUUCCACCGCUCAGGCUCCCCCUCCACACUCAGCAAGUAAGAACAGGUCAGAGUUAACUUCCAGAGUGGGUGGGUCUUUGAUGGGGCCGCCGUCGCCUUGACAACUGAUUGAUUGACAGCAGGCCAGGCGUCUGACACCAACCAAUCAGGAUUUAGUUUGGGAAAACAAGAUGAAUGAGGAGGGGGGGCGGGGCCAGAGAGCAGUGAACUGCACAACCAACCGAUCAAUCGACCAAUCAGCUCGUCUGGACUUUGCUUCAGCCACACCCCUUCCCAAUUAGCCAAUCAGCUAUACAGCAGAGAUUGUAAUAAUGGGUGAAAACCUCUUAUCUCCAAAUCCUCCUUCAAGAUGAUUGACAGGACCAUCGCCUCAACAACUGACAACACAACUGACUCAAUGCCGUUAGUUAGCUCUUAAUUAGUUUUUAAUUAGUUUUUAGUUUCUGCCUGAAAACACACCGAGACUGUAUUUCAAUAUCUUUGAAUUAACAAAUGAAAUAUACUUUAGAGUUCAAUGAGGAGUUAAAUAGAUUGAGGGGACUUUGGUUUGCCGUAACAUAUUAUCAGCUGCAAAUUAAAAUAUUUUUUGGGAAUAUUAAAAAAAAAAUCUGGCAUGAUAAAUGACAAGAGUGGAUUAAAGAGAUUGCAGUAGGUUUCUGCAGGCUUCUCGGCUUGGUUAAUGGGUUUAACCCCUUUAUAAAAUCACAAAAUAAUGUUACAAGACUUUUAUUUUACAAUGAAGUUGUGAAUUAAUAUAGAUAUUAAAAUGUAUUAAGAAGUUUUAGAUGAAAAUUAUUCAGUGAAAAUAAAGUAUAUAACAAUCCCCUUAUGUAUCCAAUUAAAUUACAAAAUUUCAAUUAAACCCUUUAAAUUUACCAUGAAAAGCACCUCUGACUUCAGAUCAUGAAAUCACCGCAGUUAUAUCUUAUUAAUGAGAAAUUAUCAUUUGCAGCAUUGCACCGUAAAAGUUAGUGUGGAUCCCACAUUUGUGCUUAAUUAAAGACUAUUGAAUAGAUUCUUAACGGUUUUGUUCCACCUAUUAGGUUUUGAUUCCAGCAUUAAAUUGAAAUAAAAAAAAAAUAUCCAACGAAAUGAGUUCUGUUUCCUGGAGAUAUGAGAUUUCCACCUGACAGUGAAGAUAUCUGACUAGAGUAAUAUCUAUAAAAUCAUUGUUAGGUAUUAAUUAUUAUUUGCCCAAUUAUCUCCUGGUCAGAACCAGGGCUGUACGCCCCCAAAAUACCCACAAUUUCUCAUGAAUGAUUCACAAUACUUAUAAUAAAUAACACAGAAUAAACACAGUAAACAUGCAAUGACAAAUAAAAUACAGUAGAAAACAAAACACUAAAUUGCACAUUUUGUUGAAAGAAUCCUUUAUAUUUAUAUAUGUAUUUAUUUAUAGUAUGUUGGAAUUUAACUCAAUCUUUAAAACAAUCUUAAAAUAAAUAUUCGGAUGUAAACAUCAUGACAGGUUUACAUCCUCAGUGAUCAUAAUAAUAUUGUUCUCAUACAAUUUAACAUUAUGCUCAUCAUUUGUUUUUCAGACAGAUUUUAUUAUUCAGGUUCUUCAUAAGAUUAAAUGAAUCAUAUAUAUAUAUAUAAACAGAAUUUUAUCUCACAAUUAUGACAUGGUAACGUUGUGAUGUUUGGGCCUAAAGAGCGAUCAGCUGCUUUUGUAACUACAUCAUCAAACAGAGUAAAUGUGAUAGUAAUGUAAUAUUUAAUAAUUAAUAUAAGCAGUUCAGGAAAUGCUAAAAACACCCCGAUGAGUUUUGGAUGUUGGAUGCUCAUCUCUCUGCUUCCAUUGGGCUCGCAGAGCUCCACAAGCUUCCACCCUCUCCGGUCUGUGAUCUUCCAUGAACAGCCACACCUCCACCCCCCACGACCCGUGACCCCCCUGCCAGGUGUCCUAAGGAGGAGGGCCUUAACGAGGUACCUUAACGAGCUGUCUGCCUGCCGCCUGCUCUCCACUCCAGGCUUCAUUAGAGGAAGGAACUGUAAAAUGUUUUAGAUUCAGAGAUGAAGAAGAAAGGAAGAAAGCAUGUGACAAAAACAGAAAGAAGAAGAAAAGAAGGAAACAACUUAUUCUCUCUGAUUUUAUUUUAGCACUUAACUCCAAAAUGAAAUGAAAUCUAAUUAGAGUUUAUCAGCAUUAAAAUUGAUAAAAUGAAUUCAAACAAUUAAAAAACUAUUGGGUGAAUUGAUAAUUACAUUCAAAGUGAUUUUUAAUGAACUGUUGGGUGCUCUAACAAAAUCAAAGUAUGUCUCUUUGUGGUUUCCAUUUGUCUGAUUAUCGAUCUCCUUUGGGAUGCCAAAUGAAUACAAAAUGAACUCUUGUUUUCAGAAUUUUUAAGGUUUUGAAGUAAAAGAACUGCAAAAGAUCCACAGUGAUGCUUGGAAAGCCAAUCAGAAUCACUGACACAGUAUCUCACCAUCUAUUGCCGGGAACAAAGAUCAGAAAACAACAAACAUUCAUCUCUAUGGAGUCCUAGAAGUGACAAAAAUAACAGACAAAUUAAAAGUUCAAACGAUAAACAAAUUUAAAAGAACAAUUUUCAAAAUUAAAUCAAAUUAAAUCUUUUAAGGCUGUAAUUGAUAUUGAUUCUAUUUAUCUUAUUUUUGCAAUCCUUCAAAUUUGAAUAUUAACGUGUCAUUAACAGCUGAACAAAUGCGUUAUUAACAAAGCUGUAAAUAUAGCAGUAGGCUUUGAAGUGAUAUUUACAGACUAGCCUCAUUUACAUGAUGCCAUGAGAUUAAAGGACUAAAUUAUAUUUGAAAGCAAUUAGUUAAAGAACAAAAAAUGUAUCCUAUUCUAUUGAUCUAUUCUGACUUUCAUAGGAGCAACAAGGAAAUUGUUACGAGGGCAAAGUGUAAAAUGUGAAGCUGGUAGAGGAUUGAACGUACAAAAAGGGAGACAGAAAGUGAAGAGUUGAUCGUAUAACAUUUUAAUUUUUCAACUCAUGUAUUCGAUUUGUGUUUGUGGGUUUUGUCUCUUCUGAGCCUCCGUCCAACUGGACAAUCUGACUGGUGUUCCCGUUGUGUUGGUCUGUCGGUGGUGUGGACGCUGUGUGAAACCUCAUAUCUCUAUUUACACUAUUUUUUAGGACACCUAACAAUUUUCUGUUUCAAAGUGGCUGCAUUCAACAGUUUUGUUGGUGAAUUCUUUUUUUAGGAGAUAUGAGGUUUUGUGGUAAUGGCUGCGUUCUUAAAACGUUAGAUUUUUGACUGGAGUUCUGUAUGGAGAGCUUGUAUUUCUUCCUCUUCAUUGAUGGUGUUUACUUUUUGUACAGAAAAUGUGGUUUUCUGCAUGCAAGACUUGACUUUGUGUUUUGUGUUUCGGCUUCGCCCUCUGCUGCGUUUUGGCAUUCGCGGCUGCCAUGUUGUUUUCCAGCUCUCCAGUGACUUGACUCGGACUUGUUAGCUUUGUUAGCAUUCCUCACUGGGAGCAAUGGUGUCUGCUAGCCACGACCUAACAAAACGCCAGCAGUGCCGUCUUUGAUAUUCUGCGACUUUUGACCCGUUGUGUUCGUCUCAGAGGCUUUAGCAGCUUUUUACCGUCGGGAGAAUGUAGAACUUUGUACAAUCAGAUUCUUACUAUGAUGAUGAUAUUAUUAUUCUCGAUAUAUCGCGUUUGUAUAUUUAAAAGCUUUUUAAUGUUUGAAUCAGACAUCCAGUGCUACCGUUGUGUGAAUCACCCUGUAGAGAACACAUUGUGUUUUACUAGCUUUAUUAUUUUUGUUAGUAUGAUAUGCAUUAUAGCGUGUGACACAAGUUCCCUUAGCAACCGCUGAAUGUGUUUGCCACAGCGCCGCUGCCUUUUUUUUUUUACUUGACAUCUCUUUGCUAUUGGGCGUCCCGGCUCUGGAAAUACUCAACAAACCGAGGAGGCUGAACAUCUGGUCAAAGGUCAACUUGUGGCUGUUUCCAAAUGAUCUCUGACUCCUGCAACUUGAAAGUUGAAGAGAAAAGAAUGGGGCCUUUUCUUGAUGGUGUCACCAGUUAAAGGGUGGGGCUACUGUAAGGGCGGAGCCUGCUACUGGCGCUGUAUUGCGUGGUGUCAGUCUUAAGCUCCACCCACUAAUAAAACAUUUUGAAUAACUAAGUAUAGUCGAUAGUCGAUUAAAUUUCGAUUAAAGCAGUUCUUCACACCCUUUAAGGUUUGAGAUCCUUUUUAAAUUUAAAGUGAACUCAACAAGGUGAGAAUAAACAGAAUAGACAGAUAGCUGUGUUAUGCUAAUAAUAGCCAGCAUGCUAGCUGUUUUUUUUUUUCUGACUGAUUCUGAAUCAGGUGUAAAAAUGUUUAAAUUUAGAUCCUCUCAUAGGCUAAUUUGCAAAACACCAUUGUAACCAACCAAAAUGAGUACCAUGUUCUGAGUAUUUAAGCAAAGCACAAUGAAAGUCUUAUGAACAGCUGGAGAUACAGCCCUUCAGACAUGUGAUUGCUCAACAGACAACAAUAUCUGGGGAUUUUGCCAACUAGGAAGUUGAGUACACCAAACACGUAUCAAAAGUUCUUGCGGGUAUUUUUUUUCUGUCUUAGAAGAUACUGUUCUUCUGACUCCUUAAGUUUCGUCCAAAAUUCUGUUAAUUUGAUGACAGCAACAGAGAUCAAGCAGGAACGUUUUCUUUAACAGAUUUCUCUUUUUAUUUUAAUUGCCACUAGCCAAGUAUCUCAUAAGGUUUUCAGCUACUGUUGGCACCAAAAGUUGAACUUGGGUAGGAACUUUCCCUGAGGUCUGGCUCUAUAUGUUUUUCUGAUCCACAGUUGGUUUUACUCUCCUCAUCAACACAUUUAUCCAAAACUUGAGUGCAACCACAGUUGGGACGCCAAAUGGCACCUGCAGAGUGAAUGGCUGUUUUAUACAGUAGACUAGUCUGUGUUUUCUAAACCUCCACUUUGACCUUUUAAGACACUUGAAAGUUUUAUUUAUUCGUGGUGGAAAUCUUUGAGCUCUGGGGACGCUCAGAUGCUCCCUGCAAAUAUCUGAGAUGUCAUUUUUUUAGAACUAUUUUGGUGUUUAUGCUUGAAACUGAAGAAUUCAUCGUAAAGCAGAUUUCAUGUUACUCCGAUGAACCGAUGCUGAUGUUUUUCCUGUUUUUACCAGAUGUUCAGUAGGUGUGGCUGCUCCGUAUUUAUCCUCAUGAAUCCAAAGCAGCGACUUCCAACCAUCAAGUGAUUGAUUCAGUCUGUGAUCCAGAGGAGAUGACUGAUUCAGGAUUUAUGACUUUUUGCUCUGAUUUUCUCUCAGAUGUGAAUGUUUCGGUUCCUGGUUGGAAGUCUUUGUUUUUAAGCUUCACCUGCAGCACUGAGAGCAUGUUCACCAUGGGAAGCUUUUCUUAUCGACGUGAUGGGAAACAGCAGGAGAAGGUCACUUCAGAGACUGCAGAAACUCUUGGCUCUGGCUACAAGAUAACAGGUUUUCAGCAAGCUAACAUCCUAGUGUGUGGCUUAAAUUGGUCACAGUAAGACAUGCUAAUAAUGCUAAUAGGCUAGCAAACCAUUUACCCAGGAGAUUAGAGUUGUGGGUUUCUCAGCACUGAUACUAAACCUUUUAAUUGUUUUUUUGAUUGUUAUUAUUACUUAUUAAUAUUUGCACUUGAUUAGAUAACAUAUGCUUGUUUAGUUUUAUGUUCUAUGAGGUUUAAAUUGAGGUUUAAAAGGUCUCAGUCACAGGAUAAUUUGGAUCAAAAACACUUCAAACUACAUUUUUCGCUGCUAAAAAUGGAAGACACAUCAAAAUGAAGCUUCUGUUGACUAAAAACAUGAUAUUCAUCUAAUAGGUUGAGAAUUAACAGGAUAAAGAAAACGAUAGCUGUGUCAUGCUGACAUUAGCUUGUGUGCUAACUGAUUUCCGCUGACUCAGUAUGUAAAAAUUCUAUAUCGGUGGUUCUGGAGGUUUGGAUUUGUGUCUUCAUGUCCGAUUGUACAUGAAUCCGGUGCAAAGACCUGACAGUUUUAACAAGCCACCAACCAAGUGCUGUACAAAUUUUAUAGUAUUUAAGAAAACGCAAGAAGCUCAAUUUGUAUUUAUUUCAUGCUGUUCAGUUAUUUAUAGUGUCCGUUGAUCUCAGUAUAGUUUGGUAAAUUUAAAUAUGUACUUUUGGUGGAAAUUUCCUUUUAUUCUUAUGCUUAGUCAAACCCCAGCAGUCAAUAAAUAUGACAAUAGUCAUGAACUCGAGUACCAGCAAAACUGAAAAAUGAUAUUUGGAAUCUUCAAAAAUGUGUAAUUAUUUAUUCAUCAAUUUAACUGCUAAGUUUUAUUAAGUGUGACCAUAACCACACACACUAUGGUCUGAAUGCUGUUUCACAUCCCUGCUACAGUGUCAAGUUCACCAGUUAGGUUUAGCAUGACAAAAUGUGUACCUUUUGUGUUAUUUUUUUGUAGAUUUUUGUUUUGCUUAACAACUGUAAAGUGUUAUAUAUUUAGUCCAACAAUGAUCAUAAUCUGCUUUAAACACGUGUCAUAUGUGUUGAAUUAUAGAAUGUAAACCUUGGCUAAACGGCCAUAUUUCAUCAAACUGCUCAAAUUCACAGAAACCUGACCUGUGGACAUGAACUCAAGUUCAGGUGGCCAGCAAACUCCAUGUAAAUGUUGGGGUACUUUAAGAAACAACCCGUCCAAGUUUAUUUAUUCAUUUAACUGGUUUCUAUAGCAUAAAAUUAGAUCUUUCUACAGUUGGCUUUAAAUAUUGUUCCUUCACACAUCAGUAGUUACUUUCACGACUGAAACUUGAGACUGUAAUAGAAUUAAAGGUUUGUAUCAGUGUGAAGUUUUGUCUGAAGCUCUUUUGCUCUUUGAGGUAAUCAAUUGAAUGUUUUUUGGCUUUUCUUUCAGAAAUAGAAGUGAAAAAAAUAAUAAAAUAUAAAAUAUCAAACAAUAAACAAACAUUCAUCUUAACAUUUAUGGAUGUUUUUAAAUCAAAAUUAAUUAUUUUCUCAUUUCUGUGAAAGCAAAAUCCAGAGUUCAAACAGACUGACUCCUCCCUGUUUCCCCUCCGUCAUGUUCAUGCUCUGCAAAAUCAAUAAUCAAUGAUCAAUAAUCAGCUCCUUCAUAUCCACUCAGCUUUUUCUACUAUGAUGGAUAUUGUACUGUACUGUAUUAACUCCAAUGCUGCAUGCUCAGUGUGUAACAGUGUGAAAUGUGUGUGUGUAUGUGUGUGUGUGUGAGAGAGAGAGAGAGAGAGAGAGAGAGAGAGAGAGAGAGAGAGAGAGAGAGUGUGUGUGUAUGUGUGUGUGUGUGUGCGUGUGUGUGUGUGUGUGUGUGUGUGUGUGUACGUAUGUGUUUUUAAUCUUUUUCCUUUUGUAGUUUUUUGGAGUAUUUCUUCUUCUGCAUCGUGUUCAAAGUGUUUCUGUAAAUAAAUUGAGGUGGUAAAACGCUA